CGCUAGUCUCAGGCGGCGCAGUCGUGUGUAUGUGUCAUUGUGUACGCGACUCGAUUCUCGCAUGGGCUUCGAAAAAUUCGAUAGUGACAGUAGUGGUGGUGGAAAUUGCGGAAAUUUUUCCUUUUCACGCGUCCCGUAAAAACAAACAAGAGAAAUCCGCGAUGUGGUAGUCGCAUUCGCUCGACGUGCGACGAGAUCACGCCUGGUCUCGUACUUUUCACGUGACACGUUUUACUUCUCGCCAAUUUCUUCGUCGAUCAAGGUUACUCUCCCGCUGUCGCAUAUGCACACCCCUUAGACGACGUACGAGGUUCUUCCCUCCUUCACGUUUCACCCUCGCAAAAAAAUCGUAUCGCCGCUGAACGCGAUCGACGUGUACGCGGCUGCGAAGAGCCCGGUCGAGCGGGAAUCCUCGCGUUGUUGGCCCCGUCGAAAGUGUCACGCGCGCGACCUGGCCCGCGGGUCGCCGAUGUUGUGACAAUUCCUACGUCAACCUGUCAACGGCAGCGGGAAAGGUCCGCGGUACGAGGAGCGUGUACAGGCGCGAAACGUCGUUCCCCGAAGAUGAGCUCGCACCACCAUCUGAACUCGUCGUCCGGCGAAAUAAAUCACAUCCACUUCGUCUCCGAGGACAUCGGGUCGCUGUACCUCUCCGAGGAGUACGCGGACGUGACCAUAGUGGUGGCGGAUCAGAAGUUCCGCAGCCACAAGCUCAUCCUCGCCGCGCGCAGCGAGUACUUUCGCGCCCUGCUGUUCGGCGGCAUGAAGGAGUCGCUGCAGAGCGAGAUAGAACUGACCACCGCCUCGCUGCCCGCGUUCAAGGGCCUGCUCAAGUACAUCUACACCGGACGCAUGUCUCUCACCAACGAGCGGGACGAGGUCAUUCUCGAUAUCCUGGCGUUAGCGCAUUUAUACGGAUUUAUGGACUUGGAAGCGGCUAUAUCCGACUAUCUCAGAGAAAUAUUAAAUAUAAAGAAUAUCUGUUCAAUUCUGGACACCGCAUUUUUGUAUCACUUGGAAUUUCUAACUAACGUUUGCUUCGAAUACAUGGACGUGCAUGCAUCCGACGUCAUACAACACGAGAGUUUUCUGCAGUUGAGCUCGUCCGCUCUAACCGAAUUGAUCUCCAGAGAUUCCUUCUGCGCGCCGGAGAUAGAAAUUUUUUUAGCUGUACGAUCGUGGGUCAAUGCCAAUCCCGAGAUCGAUUCGACCGAAGUGCUAGCUCAACUGAGAUUAAGCCUGAUCCCGCUGUCGGAUCUUCUGAGUACCGUAAGGUUGUCGCAGCUGGUAUCGCCGGACGCGCUGCUGGAUGCGAUCGCUGUACAGACGCAGACGCCCAAUUCGAAGCUUCCCUACCGCGGCCAUUUGCUCAUUGACGAAAACGUCGCCGAUCUGUCUCACGAUGCUCAAGUGUUGCAAGGGGAAAUGCGUAGCUACCUGCUUAAUGGUGAUACUCACAAUUACGAUAUGGAACGCGGCUAUACGAGGCAUACGAUAUCUGACACGGAUGAGCACGGGAUUCUCAUUAAGUUAGGAUCGCAGUAUAUUAUAAAUCAUAUAAAAAUGCUACUAUGGGAUCUAGAUGUGCGAUCUUACUCCUAUUAUAUAGAGGGAUCCAUGAAUCAAAAGGAUUGGGUCAUGCUUGUCAAUCACAAACAGUACUUUUGCCGCAGUUGGCAGUAUCUAUAUUUCGAGCCAAGAGUAGUGGUUUAUAUUCGUAUUGUAGGAACAAAUAAUACAGUAAAUAAGGUUUUUCAUGUUGUCAAUUUUGAAGCAUAUUACACAAAUCAUAUGGAGAAACUUUGCCAAGGUUUCAUUGUACCCAACAAAAAUAUCGCUACUAUCGAGCGAAGCGCGUGUGUAAUUGAAGGUGUGAGUAGGUCACGUAAUAAUUUACUGAAUGGAGACACAACCACUUACGAUUGGGACAGCGGUUACACGUGCCAUCAACUCGGCUCUGGAUCCAUUCUAGUGCAACUAGGCCAACCGUAUAUGUUGGACUCGAUGCGAUUGCUACUUUGGGAUUGCGACAAUCGCUCCUACUCGUAUUUCAUAGAGGUGUCGGGUAACGCCUGGAAUUGGGCAUUAGUCGCUGAUAAAACGAAGGAAACCUGUCGGUCCUGGCAGACGAUACAUUUUCAACCGCCCCGUCCAGUAGUUUUUAUAAAAAUAGUGGGCGUUCACAAUACUGCGAAUGAGGUGUUUCACUGUGUUCACUUCGAGUGUCCAGCGCCGGUCGAGGACAAAUCUUCAAAGUCGCCAACGCAGGAAGGACAAACGUCGACGUCGUCGGACGGUAAUAAUUCCUUAUCUCCCCCUCCCCCUCCCCUAGCCGAGGUAGCUACGGAAGCGGUUCAUAUUGAUAGCGAUGAGUCGUAACUAAAGUUAACCGAGUUCUGCAUGAGACGAUGAAAACACGAGUGACAGCUCUGUCGAUGAUUCUGUAGUUGCUGCUCUUGUUCUGUGAGCUAGAUGAAUUUCUCUGAACAACUUCGUCGAGUGACCUCAAUGCAACUUUUAAGACUGUCCAAUAAUAAUUAUCCGAUGUAAGGUUGUAAUUAGUCAUCUCGUUUUUCUUGUUUACGAGCUUUAACUUUUAUCAUCACUUUUUAUCGUCGAUGACUUCUAAUGUAAGUGAGCUUAGGAUAAAUACGUAGCAGCUGUCAAUUUUUAUCAGCAGCAGUAUAACAAUUAAAUUGGAAGUUUGUUACACGAAUAUUUAAUUUUGUUUGCGUGCUUUGAUAAAGCUUUAUCUUUCUUUUUUUCUCUCUCUCUUUCCUCUUUUUGAGAAUGUAAAAUUUUUGGUGCAAAAAUUGAGACCUGCUUUUCGAAUAUCGUUUAAAUUAUUAAUUACUGCGUAGUUGUUAAAACAAAAAUAUAUAUAUAUAUAUCACAUAAUGGUACAAAAGAUCGAUUCUAAUCAUAUAUAAAUUAUAUUAAAUGUUAAUUAGAUUUUAAAUUAUAAUAUGAAAUGUUAAUUAUGUUACGUGUUUUAUAACAUUAAAUUACGACAUUCAAUAUUACGCAAUGUGUAACAUAAUUGCAUUUUAUAUUAGAUGUGUUGAUAUUAUAUAAUUAUGUUAUAUAUAUUACAUAAUAUUAAAUAUUUGAUAAUAUAUAUGUAAUUUAUAAAUAUCUGUAAGUGAUGGAAUGCGCAAUAGUUUUCUCGUACGCACUCGUUCGUCAAUUCUUUAGUCUUUCUUCGCCAGCUUCUUCUAUAUAAUAUGACGUACUAAACUAAUUUACGCAAGAGAUAUUACUUUAUUAAAUAUCAAUGUCGUGACUUUAUAAAAUAAAAUUUAAUGCGUAUGAUUGUAAUCACGAUGACAGAUAGAGUAAGAUUUUCUACUUCUAAAUAUUUUUUCACGCUAUAAAUCGUUAAUGAACUAAAAGUAAUUAUAAAUUGGCAGCUGCUAUAGAUUGUUUUGUUAACAAAUUAUCUUUCAAUUCUAUGUUACCAAAUAUUUUAUAAGCACGCGAUAUAACUUCACAAUACUCUUAUUAAUAUAAUGGGGUCUGGUUAUACAGUAUUUCUCGUCGUAUAAGUGUCUUUCUCUUUGUAGGAACUUUUGUUGCGAAUUUAACCUUGUGCAUUAUACGUACAAAUAAUUAUUUUUCUAGUCUACGUAUACUGGAUGUAACGCAUGUCGCGGGAACUUGAUUAUAAUGAAUUAUACGAAAAGUUUAAUUAUUACGAUAAAUCAAUAAAAUCAAUAAAAAAAUGUCUUAAUAUUUUAAAACUCUUGUAACUUAUUGAUCAUUAUUUCAAUUGUCCUGCGAUUAUUCUAUACUCGUAUCUUCUUCUUUUAUUUAUUUGCAUCGCUGUUGUAAAUUAAAAGGAACACUCUU